AAGUUCACGAGCACUUUCAAGAAUUUAAAAUGCAAAAAAAGGGCAUCCACAAAUUCAAAAAUAACACAAAAUUACACGAUCAUGAGAAGCAAAGUGAGAGCAAAACAAAAGCAUUAAAACAAACAAAUCUUAGAGAUCUCAACACAAGUUGUGGUUGAUAUCCAAUCUCACCACACUCCUACUUGUUACACACUGCAAAACAAAAACCACUUUAACAUAUAAAAAACUCUCUUUGUUGUCGCCUCCCCUCCAUCUUCCUCCGAUUUACCGGAAAAAAGAAAGGAAAGAAAGAAGGAAAGAGAGAAAGAAUAUCACCGCACACACACAAAUAAAAAAAAAAAAUCUAACCCUUUCUGCUAUACCUCCACUAUAUUACAUGCAAUAUAUAUAGUGUAAUUGCACCAUAUAGUAUAUGUCUGCUUAGUGGAUAUAUCUAUAUAUAUAGUGUGCACUUCUUGAUUUUUCUUGUUUAGUGGUAUUUUUGUUUGGAUUGAUGCUAGCUGUGGCAAACUUGCCAAACACCACCACCACCACCGCCGCCACCACCAAAGAUGAGAGCCAAGAACAGACGGAGAGUUUUAACAACGAAGACUUCCCUGACUUGCUUGAAAGCAUCGAUUUCGGCGAUCUUUUUGCUGGCAUCAAUGAUGGGGAUAUGUUGCCAGAUUUGGAGAUGGAUCCUGAAAUUCUUGCUGACUUCUCCGUUAGUGGUAGCGGCUCGGAAUCAGAGAUGAACAUAUCCGUGUCAAAUGAAAAAGUGGAGGAUAAUCCGAGAAAAGAUGAGGAAGAUAAGGUUUCGGGUUCUGGGUCGGGGUUGGAUUCGAGUUUGAGUACAAGGGGAGAGGAGAUUGUGAGCAAGAGAGAUGAAUCCGUAGUGGUUAAUCGAGUUUCUAAAGAAAGUGAUAAGGGAAGAAAAUCAACACAAGCCAAGAAUAAUCAAGGCAAGAGAAAAGUGAAGGUGGAUUGGACGCCAGAGCUGCACAGGAGGUUCGUACAAGCAGUGGAACAAUUGGGGGUGGAUAAGGCAGUGCCUUCGAGGAUUUUAGAGCUUAUGGGUAUUGACUGUCUCACUCGGCAUAAUAUCGCCAGCCAUCUCCAAAAAUAUCGAUCUCACAGAAAACAUUUGCUAGCGAGAGAAGCUGAGGCAGCAACAUGGAGCCAUAGACGGCAAAUGUACGGAGCGGCUGGAGGCGGUGGCAAGAGGGACAUGAGCCCUUGGCAUGCACCCACAAUGGGGUUUCCUCCAAUAACACCUAUGCACCACCACCACUUUAGACCCUUGCAUGUGUGGGGUCAUCCUCCCAUGGAACAACCUUUAAUGCAAAUGUGGCCUAAACAUCCAGCUCACUCACCAUCGCCGCCGCCACCUACAUGGCCUCCUCCACCACCACCACCAGCAUUCGACCCUUCAUAUUGGCACCACCACAAUCAGCAACGGGUUCCAAAUGGACUGAUUUCAGGGACGCCUUGCUUUCCACAGCCACUGGCACCAGCGAGAUUUGCCACACCUCCUGUCACUGGUAUCCCACACCAUGCCAUGUACAAAGUAGACCCUGGCAUGGCAGUCCCAACUAGACAAUUAGCAUCAUCAGGUCCCCAUCCUCUCUUCGACUUUCAUCCGUCGAAGGAGAGCAUAGAUGCAGCUAUUGGAGAUGUUUUAUCAAAGCCAUGGCUGCCACUUCCUCUUGGGUUAGCACCACCGUCUCUUGACAGUGUUUUAGGGGAGCUGCAGCGGCAAGGAGUGGCCAAGGUACCACCCACUUCUGUUUGAAGUAUCCUAUAACAUCCUUCUAAAGGCGGUUGUUAUCAUCAAUGGUGUUUUCAAAAAAAAAAAAACCUAAAUUUGACGACAUUUCCUCUGCGCUUGGCGCAUGCGUGCAUCUAAUCUACGAGUUUUUCUUCAUAAAUUUUUCUUUCUUUUCUUAUCUUUUCUCCAGACUGAGAAUUAUUUUCUUGUUCUUGUUCUUGCAUCAAGGACAGGAUUGUGUAUUAGCUUACUUAAGUGUUGUAAUAAAGUACUUUUUAGAAAAUCAUUUUUGUAAUGUUUCCUUGUAUGAAUAUGAGUCUAUAUGAGGUUUUAUCUUUCCA